AUGUUAAUAACUUUUGUACUUUUAUUUUAUAUCGAAAUUGUUAAAACUAGUACUAUUUCAGAAACAAGUUCGAUUGUCUUCACACGUGGUGAAAAUGGUUAUUAUUGUAUCAAAAUUCCAUCGAUAUUAGUAACAGUCACUGGAACUUUAUUGGCAUUUGGUGAAGCACGCAUGUUUAGUUGUGGUGAUUCUACGAAGACCGAUCUUGUUUAUAAACGAAGUAUUGAUAACGGGAGAACAUGGUCUAAUUUAUCCAUCCUCUACUCUACUAGUAACGAUAAAUAUGAUCGUGUUGGAAAUGUUGCACCGAUUCAAUUAGAAUACAAACAACGAAUACUAAUUCCGUUUUGUAAAAAUAAUUUAAUACUGAUGCAAACAUACUCGGAUGAUGAUGGUCAAACAUUUAUGAAACCAGAAAUAAUUCAGAAUGUAACAAAAUCAAAUUGGAAAUGGAUUGGAUUCGGACCACCAAGUGGAAUUUUAUUAAAAUCAAAUCGAAUAUUAAUACCAUCUUACUAUUCCACCCAUUUAAAUGAUAAUGGCUUAUUAUCCACUGGUAUCGUUAUGUUGAACGAUUUUAAUGGCCAAAUUGAUAAAUGGUUUAUUGGUGGCGAAUUUUCUGCCAAUGAUGAACUAUUUCCAAACAUCUUUCCAAAUGAAUGUCAAGCAGUUGAACUAUCAAAACCAAAUUCUAUUUUUAUAAAUGCACGUUCGUUCGGUACUAAACGUAUUGGAGUGUACAGCCUUGAUGGUGGCAUAACAUUUUCAAAAGUGAAUCUAAUAAAUAAUUUAGUUCAACCAUUGACAGGAUGUCAGGGAUCAAUGAUUAGACAUCCAAGAACAAAUGAAUUAUUUUAUAGUGGUUUGGCCGAUAUAAAUAUUAUUCGCAGAAAUCUCACUUUAUAUAAGAGCAAUGAUAACGGUUUGAAUUGGACAUUUUUGAAAUUAAUUUAUGAACAAUCGUCAGCUUAUUCGUCAUUAACAAUCUUGCCUGAUCAAAGUAUUGGUUUGCUGUACGAAUGGGCAAAUAAAACUGAUCUAAUAUUUCAACCAGAUUAUAUCACGUUUACAGUGGUCUGGAGGCCGUAG